AUGGAGCCACAAGAUCAGACGGCAGUAGUCGGCUCCAGGGUGACGUUACCAUGUCGAGUGGAGAACAAAGCGGGGCAGUUACAGUGGACUAAGGAUGACUUCGGCCUCGGCUUACAUAGAGAUCUUAGUGGUUACGACAGAUAUAAGAUGAUUGGAAGUGAUGAAGAAGGUGAUUACUCACUGGAUAUCAGGGACGUGACGUUGGAUGAUGAUGCAAAGUAUCAGUGCCAAGUCAGCACAGGGCUCAACGGUGAACAGGCGAUUCGAUCGAGAUACGCCCGGCUUACCGUGCUAGUUCCGCCUGAGCCGCCGCGCAUCGUCGAAGGUAGUUUCUUCUCGACGAUAGAAGACAGGAACAUUAAGCUCGAGUGUGUGUCUGUUGGUGGAAAACCGCCCGCCGAGAUCACAUGGGUGGACAGCAAUGCCGGUGUCCUUACUCAAGGAGUCACAUAUACCGUGGAACCUUUGCCGGACGGUCAAAGAUUUACUGCCAGAUCAAUCAUCAAAAUGACACCUAAGCAAGAACAUCACAAUCAGACGUUCACGUGUCAAGCACAAAAUACUGCUGACAGGGCUUACAGAGCUGCUAGUAUACAAAUUGAGGUAAAAUAUGCCCCAAAAGUGAAAAUGAUUAUCAAAUCUGGUGCCAAUGGAAAAAUUCCUGAAGGAAAUGAUGUCGUUAUAGCCUGCAAAGCAGAUGCAAAUCCAUCAAAUCUAACUUACAAGUGGUUUUUAAAUGAAAAGUUGAUUGAAGGAAAUACAACUGAAUUGAAAAUAUACAACAUAACAAGAAAAUAUCAUGAUGCUACUAUCAAGUGUAUUGUGUACAAUGACGUAGGCAACAGCGAAGAAAUUGAAACAUUGGAGAUCACAUAUGCACCAACAUUCAGAAGCUUGCCGAAGGAUGUCGAGGCAGAAGUAGGUACAGCGGUGACGUUGAGCUGUGACGUUGACGGAUACCCUCCACCAGAAAUAAGAUGGCUGCAUCAUGAGGAAGAUCAGAUGAUUCGCGUCGGCAGAACACCCAACUUAACUCUAACACUAGAUACCCACACAUCUGGUCGGUAUCUAUGUAAGGCUAGUGUGGACGGCUAUCCUGAAAUAGAAGCCGAAGCUUCAGUUUUUAUUAAAGGUCCACCAAAAAUCAUAUCAAACCAAACUCAAUUUGGAUCACAAGGAGAUACUGUCAAUAUAGAAUGUGCUGCUUUCUCUGUACCAAGGAUUGAAAAUAUAGUCUGGACUUUUGAUGGAAGAGAAAUUGACACGAUUCACGAUCAGGAUUACGCAUUCCUGGAGGAGCUUCAACCAGGAGGGGUGGUGAACUCGACGUUAAUCAUCCGGGAGAGCCAAUCAAAGCAUUUCGGAGUCUAUAAAUGCAAUGUCUCUAAUGAUUACGGAAGCGAUACCAUAGAGAUUGUCCUGAGGCCGAACAAAUCAUUUCCGCUUCUACUGAUCCUUUUUGGAGUGACAUCUGGUACUAUAAUGGUAGCAGCAGUGAUCAUGCUAGUGAUACUUUGCCAAAGAAAACAGAGGAAGAACAAACAAUCUCAGGUCGUGGAGAAACCGGACGUGACGGUUACUGCAGAAGAGUUAUAUAAGGAAAAUGAUAGAAAUUCAAAUAUAAGCGAUUUGAAAUUGGAACUUAGACAAGCAAAUGGCAGUUGUGAAAUUGAUUAUUCAAACACAGGAUCAGACAGUACGUUAUGCUCCAAUGCUAAACUUGGAAGUGGUAUACCGCUUGCGGGCACAGUACCACUCUCGUCAAUAAACCAGACUAGUACAUAUCAACCGUAUAGAUACAGCAACGACUACUCGGAUCCCGCGUAUGCUGAUUGUUAUAAGGUUAACAACGGAUUUAGCAAUGGAUAUCAAACUUAUGUACAUUACGGUCACGACUACACCCCUGGCUCACUCAGAGUGCAAUCACCAACUAUGAGUAGUGAUAAAUUAACUCCUAAUAGGUCAAUAAACGGCAGCCUUCCCAGAAGUGUGGACACGCCAUCAACCGUACAAUUUAAUCUUGGCAAUGGAGGCUCACAGAAUAACUCACUGCAACGCAAGAAGCGGCUAGACAGUAGCAACGCACUGAACAAUUUAGGGUUGCCUACCCCCGAUGCAGUAAACCGAGUCCCCAACGGAGGGCUUAUCCAUGGCGUGGAUGUGCGCUAUGCGGCAACUUACGGCAACCCUCACCUACGCACUGGGGGAGGACUUGGGUUCGCGAAUACAGUGAACACUGCGAAGCCUGCAUCUACACCUGCACCGCCGCCAUAUUCAUCGGUCAGGAGUUCGGUUGUGAUACCUUCAGGUAACUCGUCGCACUCAAUAACGUCGCCAACUAGUCUUGCGUCACCACAAUGUGCGACAAGCCCUAUCACGACGUCUACCAUGUCUACUGAUAGCACGCAACCACCGAUUGGUAUUGCAGUAGCCACAUCAUCAGUGACACCACAGUCACCAAGCGCCCAUUAUAUACUAGCACCAUCAAACAGAACUAUCAGUAACGCGACCGUAACCAAAAAAGGUAAUGGUCACCAAACCCCAUUAGCGACUCACGUGUAA